AGCACCACGAAACGGACGGAGCCCAGACUGUUUACGUUUACUGCAAGCUUCUUCUUGACUGCGGCCCCAAAGGUUUAACCACUUCCAAAGUCGCUCUACAAACAUGAGUGUGACAGCGGAUCAAGUGAAGGAGAAGCUGACGAGCGCUCUAGAAGCAACUAGCGUGGAGGUCGUCGAUACAUCGGGAGGGUGCGGGUCGGCGUUUGAGGUGUACGUGGUGUCGGCCCAGUUCGAGGGCAAGACGCUCAUUGCGCGACACCGCCUGGUGAAUGACGCCCUGAAGGCCGAGAUGGCGCACAUCCACGCGCUGUCGAUCAAGAAGGCACAGACGCCGGCGCAGGCGGCGGCGGCGGCGGCCCCUGCCAGCAGUUGAUGCGGCGGCACUGCCACGGCCAUAGACGCACACCGUGUUGGCCGCUGCCUUGGCACCGGCAUGGUGGCUGUGUUGAGGACGAGGGUGAUCGGAACUUGGUGUGGUGUGUGCAGUGUGCCCUGACUGCGCAAGCGACAUGGCGUUACGUUAUAGUUUGGUGCUGCUUGGCACGGUCGAGUGGAUGCCUUCGUGCCCGGCAGGCAGUAUUGGGGCGGGGGCAUUGCGGGUGGCGUCUUCUGUCUUGCUUCCCACUUGCCGCAAGGAGGGCCGCUGGAGCAAGGGUGUGGAGUUACGUUGGAGCAAGGGUGCGAUAUGACAUUGUGAAUCUCGUCAGACCGUCAUGGGAUCAGGAUGCAAGAGGGAUUAGGUGGAGUGAUAAGUAGAAUGCGUGUGAUGCUGAUUGCACAGGAGGGAGGAGGGGGGACGGUCGCUGGGGUGACCGGGGGUGGGCCUCGGCUGGGCCCCGGCACCUUCGCCAGGCCAAAAUGCGGGUCGUGUGGUGGGAAGCUGGUUCUUCAUGUGUGCUCAGUUGUGAUAAAGCUUCCCGGUCGGACCCAUGUCACACAAGCGCUUACGCAGCUACAGGUGGCAGCGUUGUCGUUGUGUUGCUGAGGUGAUUCCGGCACGCGUGACGUUCUGAGAGCUGCGCGACUGCGCGCCUGUCCUCUUCAUGUGAGGGUCACUGCCAUGGCCCACGGCCCCACGCGGCACACGCACACAAUACAUCUUUUCCCUGGUGACCUUUGGCCCCAACGCCCCGCCCUCUCCAGCUGGGCCCCAGUCAACAGCCUGGCUGCCGGCGGCCCAAAGGCUGACGCCGCACCUCCUGGUCGCCGUGUUGCACCGGGGCCUCGUGUGGCAACCACCGCCGCCUCUGUGUGGAUCGAUCAGGUUACGCGGCUGGCCUUUAACAGGAGCAGCAUCACAACCGCCUGAAGUCUCCACGUGACCCGGGUUGCGCUCCGCUUGGGCCUCAACGCCCGUGCGGCCAAAAGGCGGGUCGUGGGAGUGGGAAGCUGCUAGGUUUUAGUUCGAUAACGCUACCCGUUCGGAGUCUGACAAAAGAGCACUGUUUUAGAUUUAGAACUCCAUGCGUGCAGUAGGUAUGCUACUGAGCUGUAAUGGCAAAUAAGG